CGCGGCCCUGGUCUGUCUACCUUCUUGUGCGAUCUGGUUUUUGUGAAUGGGACUGUGAAAGAUCGGCAUUGGGACCCCCACUCUUUGCCCCCAGGAGGGGGGAUCGUGGGCUUCAAUCGCGCCCCGAAACAGGAUGGGCUGGGAAGGGAGAGGGAAAAUUGAAGCUGCUGUCUGGGGCACCUUUGGACGCUCCUGACGUCAACCCGUGGAGACUUCAGGUAUUGGUAUUUAAGAAUGGAAGAGGAUACAGAUUUUAGAACCAGGUUUAGUUCUUUGUGUUUCCUUACUGAUCAUGUUGGAUUUCAUGGCACUAUAAAAAACUCAGCAAGUGACUUUGUUGUGACUGAGAUUGAUGAACAAGGAGAGCUAGUUUAUAAAGCCACUGAUGAACCUAUUUGUAAGUUUAGUGAAUCAUCAUCUCAGCCAAAUAAUUUUGUCAAAAAAGCAAAGCUUGAUCUUCAAAAUUUAUCGGUUGAAGAAAAAAACAACCAAGAAGUCAAUUCUCUGACUGAGCAUUCUGCUGUUGACCAGAAUCAUCAUUCUGGUUCUGAAAAGGAAGAUACUAUCAAUGAUGUAACUACCAAAGGGGAAGAAGAAAAUGUUAAUGUAUUAGGCUCUUUGUUAGAUGAAAAAAUGAAUGAAUUACUGAGUCAGUUUGCUUGUGAUGUAAAAAAGAAAUGGGAGUCAAAAACUGAGCUACUUAGGCCAUCUCCUGAAUUCUCAUUAGGCAGAAUCCUUGAUAAAAACCAGAGGGCUCUUUUGCAUAGUGCUAUUAGGCAGAAAUUUCCUUUUUUAAUAACUGUAGGAAAAAACAGUGAAAUUCUUGUAAAACCAAAUCUUGAAUAUAAAGAACUCUGUCACUUGGUAUCUGAAGAAGAAGCAUUUGACUUUUUUAAAUAUUUGGAUGCAAAGAAAGAAAAUUCCAAAUUUACCUUCAAACCUGAUACAAACAAAGACCACAGAAAAGCUGUCCAUCAUUUUGUCAACAAAAAGUUUGGAAACCUUGUGGAAACCAAAUCUUUUUCUGAACUGAAUCAUGAAGGUGGUAAUCCAAAUGUAGUGAUAACUGUGAGAUUUCGGGAAAAAGCACAUAAGCAAAGGAAAAGGUUUCUUCUUGAAUGCCAGGAAAGGAAAGUUAUAUAUACAGCCUUUACAUUACGGAAAGAAAAUCUGGAAAUGUUUGAAGCAGUUGGUAUUUUAGCUAUCAAACUUGGUGUGAUUCCUUCAGAUUUUAGUUAUGCAGGCCUUAAAGACAAGAAAGCCAUCACCUAUCAAGCAAUGGUUGUUAGAAAAGUAACUCCAGAGAGGUUGAAAAAUAUUGAAAAAGAAAUUGAAAAGAAAAGAAUGAAUGUGUUUAAUAUUCGGUCUGUAAAGGAUUCCCUUAAACUUGGUCAGCUCAAGGGAAAUCACUUUGAUAUUGUCAUCCGAAAUUUAAAAACCCACAGAAAUGAUUCUGCAAAUUUGAGAGAGAGAAUUUUGGAGGCAAUAGAAAAUGUUAAGAAUAAAGGGUUUGUGAAUUACUAUGGACCACAGAGAUUUGGGUUGGGAAGGAAAGUUCAUACAGACCAAAUCGGAUUGGCUUUGCUGAAGAGUGAAAUGGUGAAGGCUGUAAAAUUAUUUCUUACACCAGAAGAUUUGGACGAUCCUGUAAAUAGAGCAAAGAAAUAUUUUCUUCAAACUGAGGAUGCUAAAGGCACACUAGCACUGAUGCCUGAAUUCAAAGUCCGAGAGAGAGCAUUACUGGAAUCACUGCAUCGCUUUAGCAUGACAGAAGAGGGCUGUAUCCAGGCCUGGUUCUCUUUUCCUCAUUCUAUGCGCAUAUUCUAUGUUCAUGCAUAUAGCAGCAAAAUUUGGAAUGAAGCUGUAUCAUAUAGACUUGCAACCUAUGGCACAAGAGUAGUGAGAGGUGAUUUGGUCUGUUUGGAUGAAAGUAUUGAUGAUGAACAUUUCACAAAUAGUAAAGUUCAUCUGGUAACUGAAGAAGACGAAUCAGCUAAUACAUAUGCAAUACAUCAGGUGGUUCUACCAGUGCUUGGCUACAAUAUUCAGUACCCAAAGAAUAAAGUAGGCCAGUGGUACCAGGAAACACUUGGCAGGGAUGGAUUACACACAUGUAGGUUCAAAAUACCGGCCCUGAAACUGAAUGUUCCGGGAUGCUACAGACAGAUUUUGAAACACCCCCAUAACCUCGCCUACCAACUAAUGGAAGAACAUGCUGUUGAUGUCAAAAUAGAUGGUCCCCCCAUGAGUGAAGCAACUUUGUCACUUUUGAUCUCUUUCGACCUUGAUGCUUCAUGUUAUGCUACAGUUUGUCUGAGGGAAAUAAUGAAACAUGACUUUUAAAACCAAUACUCUUGUUAUAGUUGUGUAUGUGUCACUCUUUAAAGGAAUGGGAUCUACGAUUUCUUGAACAUUUACUAUGUGGUAUGAGGUUUAUGAUUAUUAUUCUUUCAUUAUACAACAUCCUGAUGAAGUAGAUUCAAUGUUAGCCUUCCAGAAGACAUAGAGCUGGUUAAUUCAUAUUGUCUAAUGUUUCAGUUACCUUACAUCUGUGCUAUUAAAGUUACAGUCUUUGGGUGGUAUAGGGGGUUAAAUCUCAGUGCUAUUACCACUAUGGCCUGAGUUCAAUCCCCGGCCAGGCGCUGAACCACAUGGCACAGACCUCUCCUGUCUCGCCCGCUGCUCCCCUCAGCAGUAGGUUUCAGUAGAUCCGCCUGUUCAGCUCCCCACUCUGUCUCUGGUGAAUUCUCUUACCCUCUGCACCUCUGGCCUACACCCCAGUUCUUCAAUACACACACAAAAAAAGUUACAGUCUUUCUAGACUAAUAAUAACUGCAAGAUAAUACUUAAGAAAAGUAUUUUUGAAGUAAUGUUUCCAUCUUCUAGCUCCUUCCUUAGAAUGAGAUGAAGGGUGUUAUACUGAAAGCAUUUGGUUGGAGAGAAAGACAGAUGAAUGAAGAAUCUUAUUAUUAUGUCAUUCUUCCAAUUUUUGAGAUUAUUGAUCAGAACAAAAUACUGGGAAAAUAUAACUGUUUUUAAAUGAUAGCUAUCCCAGAAUAGUAUUCCCCUUUAUAAGACAAUCUUCUGUGAAGAUUGAAAUAAAAUCUUUCAUAUAAUUAUUUCAAUAUACAGUGGCUCUUGGCUUUUUUUUUUUUUUUAAAGAUUUAUUCAUUUAUUUAUACAAGCACUGGGUACAGUCAGAAGCAUGUGAGGGUGAGAGAAUUCACCAGAGCCAGAGCAGGGAGCAGAACAGACAGACCUACGAAAUACACUAAU